CGCGGCACGCUGGUGUGGCCUCUCCGCGCUCGCCCAGUUAGUUCUCUCUUGCUAUACGUCUAGAUCGUCGUGUGCGCAUUAUAUACAUUGCGAUUCGCAGCGAUUGUCCUCGCGUAGUAGCAUAUACACGCGGUAUAUACGUGCAUACGUGUACCCUACGUACAGUGUCGGAUUAUCAUUAGGAUAGUCGGUGCAGUUCGAUCGCGAUAAACGAAGGAAAGAAUUGUGUCGUUGUUUAAUCAAAGUGCGUGUUUAGGAUAAAAUAAUCGAAGGAAAGGCAAAGGGGGAAAAGUUUUUGGAAAUCGAUCGGAGUCGGGGAGACUCGUGCGCGUUCGUACUCGAAAGUUCGAACCGACGAUCUAGCAAGAAAUCAGCUCAUCAUCAGCAAGAACAGCAGUAGCGUGCUCGGUCGCGAUCGAUUUCGGUGAUCGAGAGGUGCGGUUCUCGCGAGUGUGCGCCGGAUGUCCGCGCAGAAGUUCGCGCGCCCGUGGAGCGCGCCGUCGCUUAGACAUUGAACUUGAACGUACACACUGGCCAGUAAUAGUCGGGCAGCCAAAAGCCUCCAGAACGAAUGCCAGCAGCACUGCUGGUAACAGCAGCAGCAGCAGCGACGACGACACAAUUUUCCAGGCGCGAGACCAUCCGUAACGAUUAUUGCACUUGGCAUUAGCUGAUCGUAGCGAUCGGCUCCGCAAGCUCGAUCGUACAGUUCGAGAAAAUCGUAGCAGCGUAGACUUGUUGAGCCAGACACCAUGGGCCGGUUGAACACGCUCACGCAGCUUCUGUCGCUGCUGCUCCUGUUGCUGCCACUGGCGACCUUGUCCAAUCCGCUCGGCAAGUCCAAGGCCAACAGCAACAGCAAGCGCGACGAGCUGCACUAUGGCUACGGCGGCAGAUCGGCUCGCGGCGGCAUCGACGACGAGUACCUCGACGACCCGACCUACGUCGAGACCAUGUCGGGCCCGAUGCGCGGCAGCGCCAAGAGCAUCCUGGACCGCGAGGUGCACACCUAUCUGGGGGUGCCGUUCGCCAAGCCGCCCGUGGGCAAGCUGCGCUUCCGCAAGCCCGAGCCCCUCGAGCCGUGGCGCGGCGUGCUCAACGCCACCCGAAUGCCCAACAGCUGCAUUCAGGAGCGCUACGACUACUUCCCGGGCUUCGAGGGCGAGGAGAUGUGGAAUCCCAACACCAACGUGAGCGAGGACUGCCUCUACAUGAACAUCUGGGUGCCGAGGCGCAUCAGGCUGCGCCACAAGAACGGCGCCAACCCGGAGGAGGAGCGCCGAGGCGUUCCCAUCCUCGUCUGGGUCUACGGGGGCGGCUACAUGACCGGCACGGCGACCCUCGACGUGUACGACGCCGACCUCAUGGCCGCGCGCUGCGACUGCAUCAUCGCCUCGAUGCAGUACCGCGUCGGGGCCUUCGGCUUCCUCUAUCUCGCGCAGUACUUCGACCCGAGCGACGACGACGACGCACCGGGCAACAUGGGCUUGUGGGACCAGGCCAUGGCCCUCAAGUGGCUCAAGGACAACGCCCGGGUGCUGGGCGGCGACCCCGAGCUCAUCACCAUGUUCGGCGAGUCGGCCGGGGGCGGCUCCGUGUCGCUGCACCUCAUGUCGCCCGUGACCAAGGGCCUGAUCAAGCGCGGCAUCCUGCAGAGCGGCACCCUGAACGCGCCCUGGUCCUACAUGACCGGCGAGCGAGCCAACGAGGUGGGCCGCGUCCUCGUAGAGGACUGCGGCUGCAACGCCACCAUGCUCGAGGACAAUCCCGCCAAGGUCAUGGCCUGCAUGCGCAACAUCGAGCCCAAGACCAUAUCGGUGCAGCAGUGGAACAGCUACGGGGGCAUACUGGGCUUCCCGUCGGCGCCGACGAUCGACGGCAUCUUUCUGCCUCGCGACCCCGUGGAAAUGGCCCGCGAGGCCGAGUUCGACAAGACUGAGGUCAUUAUCGGCAACAACGAGAACGAAGGAACGUAUUUCAUACUUUACGACUUUAUCGAUCACUUUGAAAAAGACAAUCCAAGUGCACUGGAUCGCAGCAAGUUUUUACAGAUCAUCGAUACGAUAUUCAAGAACUUUUCGAGGAUCGAACGAGAUGCAAUUGCUUUUCAGUACACGGAGUGGGAGAACAUCAAGGACAAGUACAUGUAUCAGCGAAUGAUAGCCGACAUCGUUGGCGAUUACUUCUUCAUUUGUCCGUCGAUACAGUUCGCCCAGAUCUGGGCGGAUCGCGGCCUCAAUGUCUAUUACUACUUUUUCACGCAGAAAUCGAGUACCAACGUCUGGGGCGAUUGGAUGGGUGUGAUGCACGGCGACGAGAUCGAGUACGUCUUCGGACAUCCGCUCAACACGAGCGUCGAGUACACCGAACGCGAGCGAGAUCUGGCCAACAGGAUGAUCAUGAUAUACUCGAAUUUCGCGAGGCACGGAACUCCCACGCUGAAGGAAAACGAAUGGCCGGCGUACACGAGAGAUCAGCCUAACUACUACAUUCUCAACGCCGAGAAUAACGGUAUGGGCAAGGGUCCACGAACGACCGCCUGCGCAUUUUGGAACGACUUCAUGCCCAGGCUAAAAGGAGCACCAGAUCCAACACCCGAGGUGUGCAACAGCCUGGUGGCAUCGAGCGUCUCGUCGGGCAACACGAGCACAUCGAGCAGCAUGAUCUUGAGCCCGGCCAAGAGCGUCCUGAGCACGCUGCUGCUGCUUCUGCUUAGGUCCCUGCAUCGCGACAACUAGAGCAACGCAGCCGUCUGUCAGUCUGUGUAACGAAUGUAACUCGGCAUUUAUCUGAUAUAAUUGUCGCUCGUAUAUAUAUGGACACUGAGGAGCGAACGAAACAAAAAAAAGAGAGUAAGCGCGUUUAAUAAUAUUUAAAGCUAUGCGCUGGCUCGCGCCGUUAUUAUUAUUAUCCGGGGCUUAGAAAGAACGGGGCAGACUGCGUUCAACAAUAUCGGGAAAAAGUGUGUGGAGAUCCAAAAAAAAGGAGAGAAAGAGAGAGAGAAAAAAAAUUGUUCUACUCUUUGACUCUCUAUCUCGCUCGUCGGUGAUGACGACGACUAUGACGACGACAACGAUGGCCCACACCUCCGAGGUAUAUGUAAAAAUGUGUAAGUGUGAACUUGUAUGCGUGUGUGUAUACGUGCAGUUUUCGUGUCAAUAGGUUAAAGGCGCGGUUGUGCAUAGCGAGCGAGUAUAUAAGCGCGCGCUCGCGAGAAUGUGCAGAGAAAAAGCAGCGCACUAACAGAGGACUACGUACAACACACACAUACACACGUGUGUAGUUGGCGACGCCAGCUUUCUCUCUCUCUUUCGCUCCCACCCUCCCUCUCUCUCUCUCUUCUUUUCCGAUCAUUAGCGACGUUUUUUGUGUCGACGCGAGCGCACCCGAGCUAGGCUAAAGAGAGUACGUACGUACGUCAUACAAUCCGCGCACACCUAUGUAAUACGGACACGACGAGGAGCAACGACGAGACAUUAAAUUCCCUCCCUUGCAAUUACGUAUAUAGAUGUAUACAUACGACAUUGUCAUCGUCGUACAUUGGGGGUAGCGCACACACGUGCGCUGGUUAUUUUUAGUCGACUCUUGACUCGAUAUACCUACCCUGGUUUGCGCGAACUCUUAAUGUUUCGGAUGUUGCUGAUGGAUCUUCUAUUUUUAUUAUUACUGCGUGAUUGCUUCGCACGCACCUGUGCUUUAGCAGGCUUACGUCGCGCAGCUCGAAUCCUCUUCACGGGCUGCGUGCUCUUGUUGAAUUUCUUGUUAUAUUGUUGUUGUCGUACGUUGUUAUUGCUUUUUGUCAAUUUCGCACUUGUUCCACCAGUACAUUCGAUAAUUGUUUGUAUAUCGUUACUUGGUACUUAUGGAAAAAUGUCUAUUUAUCUAUAUGAUCGAUGUACUGGAAAAAAAAUGAAAGAAAAAAAAUGAUGUCCGUCGGUGAUUGAUUGCUCGAUUGCGCCGUUACAAUUAAUCAUUCCUGACCAUGUAACAUGCCUAUUGUUUGUUAUACGUGCGUAUAUCUUUUCCUUUAUAAAUAUAAAUUAUGUUGGGCAAGUUUUUCGCUCGCGGCAAAAAAUAUGUUCUAGGUAUGUAUCACUACGAGUUACGGGAAAAAAUCUGUUCGGUACUGUAUCGUAUAUAGUUUGUUGUACUGCUACUUGUUUGAUGUUUAGAUUUGAAUGUACGAACGGUGCCUCGUACUCUGCUAACAAAAGCCAAUGAAAAGCUCGGGAAAAAGUCUCGAACCGGCUAUUCUAAUUUUUCCAUCCUACUGUAUAGAUGAGGAAACAUGUGAGUACCAAGUGCUGUUGAACAAUCAGCUAACAUGAGCGUGACGUGCGCAGAACUACUGUGAAAACGAACUUUAAAACUUUGAGCAAGACUUAGAAUCCUUUCUGUGCCGCUACCGCUGCUGCUGCCGUUCGAAAGUGUAUACAUGUAGGUGUGUGCGUUGAUGCACAUGUAGAAACUCGGGUCGAUUCGACGCUUGAUCUUUUUAUUUCACUUACGUUUCACGUCCUGCAGCUGUCUGUGCUCUCGCUCGUUCUUUUUCUUCCCCUUUUCCUCCACGACGUCAGUUUAACGAGCACUGCUAUACGAGUACACGUAGCAUCCCAGUCGUCGCUACACCCCAAUACACGCGCAUUGCAUGUACUUGUAACGAAACGUCGUUAUAUGCGCUUUUUUCUCCACCUCUCUCUCUCUCUAGCAUAUCCUGAAGCAACGAUUGGUACAAGUCAAUGUGAAAUGGCGAGUAACAAGGAAAAUUUUCUGAAAAAUUGAGGUCAUUUUUUUUUGUGUUAGCGCUUCCAGAGCGUGAGGGAUAUUUUUACUCUCCUCGGACCGUGUGCCGUAUGUGUGCUCGUACAGGUAUGGAAAAUGUGCAGAGUUUGACACAAAAUACGUUCGAUGAUCCAAGUACAUAUUAUAUAUUUAACGUAUAGUAUCAUGCGCUCCACGUCCAUAUUUGGAGUGAACAUCGACGAAUAAUAAAAACACAAAACCGAUCGAAGCCUAAACAAAAUCUACUAGAGACAGCAAACCAGUCGUCCAAGGCGACAAAUUUUAAUAAUAUACAUAUUAUAUAUGAUAUAUAUUAUAAAUGUAUAGUGAUUACAAAAAAUAUUAUUACAAACAAGAGAAUUGAAAUCCGAGCUGAUCUAGCUUUAGCCGACAUCCUAAACGGUUAUUGCUGAAUUUCGCAUACAUCUGCGAAGACGACGCACGCUUCCAAGUCGUGCAUGAUCUAAAACAAAUUUGUAGCAUCAUUGAUCUCAAGUAGCAUACCAGAUAUUUGAUAUUAGAAGCAGAAAACCAACAAUUAGUUGACACGUUGGAAAUUUUGUAUACUGCAAAAGAAUAACUAGUUGAUCCCUAUUCGUGAAGAAAAAUUACAGUUACCCUGUUGCAUAACGUUUACUAAACGAAUGCGGAUAUACGUAUAAUAAUUCGUCGUUAAAAAUAAAGAAAAAAAACCAUUGCGACAACAGAAAAAACUGGCCACAAAUGCAAAAUACGGCGAUGAUAAUGUAACAGAACGAGGGGAGCUGAUAACGAGAAGAGAAAAAGCACGCGCUCACGUGGACCGCGAUCGUGUCCCACGGUAUACGUCGAUGGUGCGCUCGUUAAAAA